AUGUGGGAGUGUAGAUGCACACAUAAGGAAGUGAUGGACAAAAGUAGGAAAUGGCUUAAGUUAGAUCCUGAUAAGGAAGAAGAAUGCGAUCCGCAUCACAGUGCUGCAGCUUACGGCUUAAGAAACAGGUAAACGAUCGUUGUUGGCGGUUAUCUACCUCUCCUUGUAGAUUCCUGCAUUCUCCAUGUUGAUGAUGUAAAAAAUUGACAUCUGAACAAACCCCUAAAAGGUCUUGGGACAUCUAAACACUUUUAAAAAGAUCCGCCGGCAUUUGGACCCUUUCAGGACCAAAGGUACACACCGGGUUUACUAAAUUACGCGCUGCGGCAUUUAUCAUUCCAAUUUUGCGACUCAACUGCAGCGCCCAUUUGCGGAAUGCGACUAUUUUGAGGUCAGAGUUCCUCAUAGAUUUUUAAAAAAAAAAUGAUUCCUCUUGGUGGAAAAAAUGGGCUCGCUAGCUUUCGCCGUUCCGAACUAAGAAACGGUGCUAGGCAGAAAAAUAAGUUUCCAACAUUGUUUUAGGAAGAGUGUCAUUUUCGGGUUGCAAUUUUUUGCUUUCGCGGCGGGCUUAAAUAGUGGCGGCACUUUAUCAAGGGUGAUAAAAUAUUGCGUACAUAACGUAUGUCGGUUUACUUAAGAUCUGUCACUUUCCAAAAGUGUCAAAAUGUUCUGUUUCAAACUCUUGGCGAACUGUAGUGCAGUAUUGACAAAACAAAUUUUAAAGACGCCUUUUAUUCUACCUGGCUGCUAAAAGAAACUUUCGCGCCUGAUACCCCUCAAACAGACAGGCUAGCAGACGCUAACUGGACGCCUCGAUGUUGGAGUGGGAUUGGAAGUGGUAGUUCGCAGGAAGACGUACAUACAGACGAAAUUCCCGAGGUAUCCGAUGACGACGUUGCUGAUUUCAACGAGGGAAUGGCGAAAAUAGCUAGACAUUCAAAAAGGGAAGACCUCACGCCACUAACAUUCCAACUAUCCACGACAUGGGAGGAAGCAAUACCGGAUGAAAGAAAAACUUGCAUAGAGAAAGCAACGAAAGCAUGUGAAGUAAUCUGUAGUGUUAUAGCUCCGAAAGAAGGCGAAAAGCUUUUUCAAGCGAUACGCCAGCCUACCGAAAACGAUCUUGAUGAACCAACGGAGGAUCUUAUUGCUUUGAUGUCUGCAUAUGGAGAUGCCAUGACAAAGAAUGUUAAGAUUCAAAUGCUCAGCAUCUACGUUUAUCGGUAUACCAUGAAGCUGUUACAGAAAUUCCACGAGCCUUAUGAAAAGAUAAGUUUGAGACAAAUAAAAAGAGCGAGAUUACAUGCAAGGAAACGAGGGCCUGGGUCGAAUGUCCCGAAAGUAUUCAGCCAUUGAGUACGUCUGGACACAAGCAAAGUCGACAACUUUAUAGAUUUUGUAAACCGUCCUUAUUUCUACCAAGACGUCGCCUUUGGAACGCGAACACUGACCUUAGAUGGGGGAGGCAAAAUAACAAUGCCAAACGUAAUCCGGACCGUGACUAGAUCGACCAUGAUUAUGUAGUACCUUCAACAUUGCAAAGAAGAAUCAUUUGAACCGGCUAGCCGCUCAACCCUUUUUCGCAUUCUUGAAGUGAGAGAGGCUUCACAGCAGAAGUCUCUCAGUGGUCUGGACAACAUUGCAGCAGAAGGGGUCGCAUCUUUUGAGCGGCUAUUGAGUAUUCUAGAAGAGCUGAAUCAGGCUCGUGCCGACAAAAGAAGAGUUACAGAACUGGCAAAGAGAUUGAACGAAAGCAAAAGAUACGUGAAGACGGAGUCUAAAGUGAACUGUUCAGCAUAG